AUGGGAAAGAUCCCCCUCCAGGAGAAGCCCCCAAAUUCAACUUUUACAUUCGACCAGCUAUGGACGCUUGAGAAAAACUUCUGGGAUUCCUUUCUUUACCCAGCAAAUUUGAACCAAACCCAGGGCAAUCAAUCAACCGUAUUCGCGGCUGACGUUCAAGGUCGCGUUGACAUUACUCGUACAUUCGAUGGCGACGAGCUCAACCGCGAGUACAUCUUCGGCCUGUUCGCAGAUCCAGUACACGUCAGCCUUGUCGGUGUCCCGAUUUCUUAUAGCAUCACUCAAUUUGCUGCCAAUGACAACAUCGCCGCUGCGACCACCGUUGUGACAUUCAACGCCACCACCUUCGGUGUCCUGAUCCCUGUGACCAUUGAUACAUGGAUUGAAUUCAACUCGGACGGGAAGAUUGCCCAGUACGAUGCCGUGUUUCGCUGGUUCGAAUACUUGCUGGAUUUCCUGAUCGAAGGGGUUGCGACCAAGAUCAAUGCAACCUCCUCUGACCAAGCGGUCGCGUACGUGUCCGACUUGCUGGCCAAGACUAUAUGCGCCACCCACGAUCAGUAUUGCACGGGAUCAGACCAGCAAUAUAGUGAUAACGACGCGUGCUAUAAUUUCCUGACCCAGUCCAUUCGGUUUGGCAAGAGUUAUGAGCUUGGUCGGAAUACGUUGCUCUGUCGUGAGGUUCAUGAGCAUAUGGUCCAGUACCGGCCCGAUGUGCAUUGUGCGCAUAUUGGGCCUAGUGGCGGGGGCUACUGUGUGGAUGAUUUAAGCUAUGAGCAGACCGUUUUGCAACAGUAUUUCAAUAACUCGUGGAUUCCUUACGGUUACGGGACAGGCCAGGAUGUGUGGCUCAACGGUUGA